UCACACACAGACGACAGACGCUUCAGUGCACGGCUCUAUCUGCGAACUUUAUCUGCGAACUUUAUCUGCGAACUUUGAACACAAGCGGCGGGACCGGAAGCAAAACAGCAAAACAGAAGAACAGAAGGACAGAAGGACAGAACAGAAGGACAGAACAGAAGAACAGAACAGAAGGACAGAACAGAAGGACAGAAGGACAGAAGGACAGGACAGAAGAACAGAACAGAAGGACAGAAGGACAGAACAGAAGAACAGAAGAACAGAAGGACAGAACAGAAGAACAGAACAGAAGGACAGAAGGACAGAAGGACAGAAGGACAGGACAGUCGACUGUUGUCAGGUGUUUAAUCCAACAGUGUGUUUUUACUGUGACCUGGAGCAGACAUGUCUGCUGUUGCUGCUGGGGGGGUUUUCACCAUUAUGUUCCUCAUGUGUGUUCUGGGGAGUGGAGGUCUGGAACUGCUGAGAGUGACAGCAACAACAGGGACUCCUCCGUCUCCUCCCAGAGUGCAUUGCUGGUGUCCACGUUACCCCAACCUGACUGUGUGUGCGUGGCCUGAACCUCCACAUAACCCCCCCACCCACUACGUCGCCACCUACAGCGACAGACUCAGACAGCAGGUCAUCCGCUCAUGUCUUCUCAUACGUCCCACAUUUUCGUCGUCUGGACCGACGUCAGCGCCGUCACCUUCCUCUGAUCAGCUGUGGCGCUGUCUCCUCCCUAACCUGAAGCUCCUCACAGACUACAUCAUCAACGUCACAGCGGUGUAUCCCGGCGGCAGCAGCUCCCAUCUGUCCAGUUUCAUGCUGGAGGACAUCGUCAAACCAGAUCCUCCUGUAGACGUGUGGGUUUCUGCUCAGAAUCCCAAAACCGCCGUAGUGGGAUGGACCCCCCCGCCGACGUGGGCCAACCUGGACAUCUUCCCCCUCAAAUACCAGAUCCUGUAUCGGUGGGAGAACAGAGGCACCCUGAAGUCUGUCAAUCUGGGUCCAUUUGAAGGCACCAGGAUCGACCUGAAGGGGCUGACAUCUGGGAGGAUGUACCGGUUCCAGGUGUGUGCCAAGGACUUACUGGGACUGGGCCAGUGCAGCGACUGGAGUGCACCAGUAAACGUCACCAUACGAUGAAAGACUCCAUCAAACACAUUUAGUAAUUUAUUCAAGUAUUUAUUUGUCAUAUUUUUAAGAGUAAAAGUUCAUGUUAAGUAUUUUAAAUCUUUGUAACAGAAGGUAAUAAAAGGUAUAUUAUUUCCCAAUGGGGAUGAAUAAAGUUUAUCUGUAUUUGAC